AGAGAGGAAACAUAGAAAAGUCGCCGUCAAACAUUCUCACCUUUGGCAUUGGCAGCAGAGACACGAACGAACGAAGGAGAAGGGAGAAGAGAUGAACGUGGUUCAUGGAUUGAAGAGGAUUCCUCGCAUUAAGUUCCCUCAGCGUCACCUCAAACCUUCAGAGGGAACGAAACAGGUGGAAAAUGAAGCAGUAGAUACAUUCUUCUUCUCCAACCUGAACACCCCAAAGACUAUCGGCGGGAAGGCGUCGUUGCAGCCCAAGCGCACCCCUGUUUCUAACGAAGAGAUGGAAGCCAUUUUGUUGGGAGGCUGCAUCUGAUCACAGAAUCGUGGACCUCUUCUCUUGUUCGCCAUUAGCAGAAUAUACUCACGACUCAAGAUUUGGUUUCUUCAAAAACUAAUGUCGUUUACACAAUAAAAACAGACUCAAAUUGCAGUCUUAAAACCUGAUUUAUAUUCUAUACUGAUUCAGUGCAUUUUGCUCCCUAUUGAUUGAUACAUUAUGGUUUUGGACUUCAUCUUAUUUUAUAUAUAUAUAUAUAUAUAU